CUCAUUUAUCCCAUUACCCAGCAUAGCACCAUAACUCGCGACUCGGAACUCAGACAAUCAAGCCCUAAUUGCUUCUCCCUCCCGACUCCACCGACGUUCUUCUCCGCUGUGCUCGCACAAUGGCAACCGAGGCCGAUAAACCCACAGCCGCCGCCACCAACGGUGGUUCUCAAGCCAAACCUGCCAAGGAACUGCCCUCCACGGACCCUAAUCUAGCCGAGGACUCCACCGUUGCACCGCCGUCGGACGAUGGUUCGGGUAAGGAAGCUGUAGAUGAUAAGGAAGGGCUAGAUUCGAAGAGCAACACUGCUGAUGCGGGCUCCGGGAAUGCUGAUUCCAUCACCGACACGGAGAGGAAAAUCCGACGGGCUGAGCGGUUCGGGAUUUCUGUUCAGUUCUCCGAGAAAGAGAAACGUAACUCUCGCGCUGAAAGGUUUGGUACUCCCUCAACAACGCAAGGUUCAGAGGCGGCUAAAACUGUAGAGGGGGCGAAAACUGCAGAGGGAACGAAAACUGCAGAGGAGUUAAAAAGGAAGGCUAGGGCAGAGAGAUUUGGGCUACCUGUAACAGCCGAGCCAACUGAUGAUGCUGCAAAAAAGAAGGCACGGCUGGAAAGGUUUGGAUCGAUACCCAAACCAGAUGCAGCUGAAGAUGACAAGAGGAAAGCCAGAGCUCUCAGGUUUGCAGAACCUUCACCGACUUCACUCUCUUUGACUGAAGAGGGUGAUAUUCAGCCAGAUGCCGCAAUUGCUGGAAAGGCUGGUGGAGGGUCAUGAAUAUGAAGAGAGAUCCCCCUAGGCAACUGUUAGUUUUAAAUUUGCAGGUCUGGUGUUAUGACUGGUGGGUGUCUAGUGAUGGUCUCUGUCUUUUGUAAUGUGAACUCUUAGCUGUUAACUCUCAGCAGUACUUCGCUUGGCACUGUUGAUACUUCAUAGGACCUGGGGCUGUAUUUUAGUGAUAGAGUCGCGUUGCGUUUAUGUCUGUUUUCUUUUACCUCUGAAUACCGAUGCUUGUUUGGGGCUGAGAAGAUUACACCACCACCACCACUUUGGAGUGUUCACUGUUUGCAAAGCCCUUGAGAGUAUUAAGGAUUUAUGACUAAAUUUAGGUGUCUUCUGAAACUGGCUUAGCCUUGUAGUUCACUAGUAUGUCUAGGAGGUCAAUGGGUCUGUCCUACAUCUUAAUUUCCACCUUGAAACAGCAGCUUGUUUAACAUAGUCUCAUGCAGCAGGAACUCUAUAUCUGUCCAGGUUUGGUGGUGACUGUGCAUGCUGUGUAGCCCCCUUGAAAUUGUGAAGUGCAUGCUUUUUCUGCGUAAGUGGUUAUGUCGAACAUGUGCCACCAUUAACCUUACGGGGCUCUAUUCUCUGUUUUUUCUUCCGUCUGUUAAAACUCUUGUUUGAACUUCUUGAAUUCUAGUGGCAGUAUAGCCAUAGGAAAUGCAUUAUUGGGUUCAAUAUUAUAUGAAAUGUUUCAGACCAGGUAGCCUUUCAGCUGAACGUGGCCGAUACAAUGCAUCUUGUUCUUUUGUGGAAGAUGGGAUUACUGCUGAGUUCUUCGCUAUAACCGUAGACUAUGAGUCUUUUUUUUUUUUUUAAAUGGAAUUUCGUGCUAACAAUCUCUUUUCUUUUUGUGGGUGUUAUUGGAUGAGUCUUAUCUAAGGAGCUCUAUUGUCUAUUUUGUCUUGUUUGUUUUUGUGUCCGUUCCAAUUUUUCAGUCGAACUCUCCUGUACUCUUGGGGUCCUUGGAAAUAAGUGAACACUCUUAAAGGUCUGGUUGGUUUGUCUUGGCCUCAUGUUGAAUGGCUUUAAGCUGGAAGGUGGGUUUUCCAUGGAUAAUGUUUUGGGAAUGGUAUUCGGUUAUU